AUGUUGAAGAUGAAUGUCAGUUCGAUUGUUGUUCUCAGCAUUAUCGUCCUCAGCACUGGUAUUUCCUCUUCGCCGCUCAGCCUGGCCACCCGGACCGAGGAUGGUGGCCAUAGCUUGCCAAGCAAGGCACGUCGGGCCGUUUUUAAGGAAGUUAACAGACGUGACGACGGUGAUUACGGGGGUAACAAGAGUCCACCUCCCGACACUGAAAAACCCCCUGCAAAGCCGGAUGGCAAGCCCAAUGGCGCUGUCCAAGACCCAUCAAGCCAGGAUCUGAAGAAAGAUGACUGCAAGCAGCCUCACGGCACCAUUCAAGACGCAACAAGCAAAUCUCCGGACGAGAAACCCUACUCGUCUCCAGCCGGCGACAUGUCCCAACCUAAUGGCACCAUCUCCGACCCCACAAGCCAUGCUCCAGACAAAGAACCCUACUCGUCUCCAACCGACAAGAUCUCCCAACCUAAUGGCACCAUUCAAGACGCGACAAGCAAAUCUCCAGACGAAAAGCCUUACUCGCCUCCGGCCGGCGACAUGUCACAAGCUAAUGGCACCAUCUCAGACCCGACAAGCCAUGCUCCAGACAAAGAACCCUACUCGUCUCCAACCGACAAGAUCUCCCAACCUAAUGGCACCAUUCAAGACGCGACAAGCAAGUCUCCAGACAAAGUACCCUAUUCUCCUCCAGCUGGCGACAUGUCCCAACCUAACGGCACCAUCUCCGACCCCACAAGCCAUGCUCCAGACAAAGAACCCUACUCGUCUCCAACCGACAAGAUCUCCCAACCUAAUGGCACCAUUCAAGACGCGACAAGCAAGUCUCCAGACAAAGUACCCUAUUCUCCUCCAGCUGGCGACAUGUCCCAACCUAACGGCACCAUCUCCGACCCCACAAGCCAUGCUCCAGAUAAAGAACCCUACUCGUCUCCAACCAACAAUAUAUCCCAACCUAAUGGCACCAUUCAAGACGCAACAAGCAAAUCUCCAGACGAGAAACCCUACUCGGCUCCGGCCGGCGACAUGUCACAAGCUAACGGCACCAUCUCAGACCCAACAAGCCAAGCUCCAGACAAAGAACCCUACUCGUCUCCAGCCGGCGACAACUCGUCUCCAGCCGGCAAUAUGUUACCACCUCAUGGCACCAUCCAAGACCCAACAAGUCAUGCUCCAGACAAAGAUCCUUACUCGUCUCCAACCGACAACGUGUCCCCACCCCCUGCUACCUUGCAAGGCCCCGCAGGUAAUGCCCCGAAAGGUCAAGAUGAUUCAUCUUGA